AAUAAAUUAAAGCAUGAUAGCAAAUUUUGUGUUUCAAGUUCUGAAGAUGAAGCAAACACAGAAGAAAGAGAUAAAUCAGAAGGAUCUGAUUCUGAUAAAAUUGAAAAAGAACCAAUUAGAAAACGUAAAAAUAAUUCGAAGGAUUCUGAAAAG